AUGCCCUGCUUGGUUGCUUUCAAAAGUGACGGCACCUGUCGGCUUGUUGCGUACAAUUCCAACUGGACUGGAAAGGCUGCCUGCACGGUGGAAGCCAGCAACUUGUGCCUAUCCGAACCACCGCUGCUAGCUCUGACCACGCCAAUUCUACUAGGUGAGACGGUAAACAGCACCCGUGCCAUGAUCAUUUCACUGCCGAAGAAACUCUACGAAUCACUUCAGCCCUUUGACUUGGAAGUCGGAACGACUCGUCAAAGCCAGUCCGUCCUACCUCCACAGAAUAUUGAUUGGUUGAUCAAACCUGUUUCGAAAAAUGAGUUCUCCGUCAUCCUUAAAUAUCGCCCGCCGACAACAAACCCUGGCCUACUCAAAACCUUCACAUUUGUCCUCGGCGAAAAGGGGGCUGAGAGAGAGCGCGUCGUUGUAAGCGUCAGUGACGGGGUCUCCCGUCAACUUGGUGCUGACGGUUCAGUCACACCCAGUGAAGUGCUUUGGUCUCAGGCGGAUGAAACAAUCCUCCUUAACGUCACGUUGAAAUCACGGUUUUCUCAAGGCGAAGCCGUCCAAUUGUCGGUAUUCACCAACGGGGAUGAAGAUGGAGCGGCUGUUUUCACGCUAAAGCCUCCGACUUUCGAUCCAGUGCAAUUUUGGGAAGCCAAAGUCAAGUCUGUGCAGAGCAACGCGAUAUCCUUUACAUGGACCACGCCAAUCUUCGGAAGCCAGAACUUGUCAGAGGUAAUCAUUAAGGCCAAGCCCACGGACAGGAAGUUGCCGGAACGAACAACCCACAAGACUGGUUACUACGGCGAUGUGGACGGAUUGCAACCGUGGACAAACUAUAGCAUCACCCUAACUGCCGUCUACAUCCACGGAUCUUAUAAAAAGGAAAUUGGAACGUAUCGGACAGCCGUUGAUGCCGUAGACAGAACGGAGGGACGCUCGCACAUCGCCGUGCACUGUCUAGAAAACGAGCAUCAGUUCGACUUUGAUGGUGCCCAGGUCAUAGGCCGAGUCGACAGCAAACUGGCGAGGGAAGUUAUUGAGGCCUGGAAAACGCACAGCAACUCAAUCAACGGAAUUUUAGAGCUCCCCAAGCCAUAUGCUGCCGCACGGUUGCACAUGCGCACGAGAAGAGUUCCAAUAAGACGAGGGGACGGUGGACCAACCAGCAGCUAA